ACAUUUUCCGCAUUACCAAUUCUUCUCUGUUCCAUCUAUAGUUCUUAAUCUAGUCAACAUGCCACAGAAGAUCACGGUCGCCGUGGCUCAGGCGAGCACCCAGCCGACGGUCGCCGCCACCUUGGAUGCUCUGGCGAAAGUGACUCGCCACGCGGCCAGCCGCGGGGUCCACUUGAUCCUCUUUCCCGAGGCAUAUCUGGGGGGUUAUCCCCGAACCUGCGAUUUUGGCACGGCGGUAGGCGCUCGUGCUCCCCAUGGCCGCGACCAAUUCCUCGAGUAUUUCCAUGCAGCGACCGACCUGGGGGACACCCCCGCCGGAGCCGGCGAUGACUGGGUGAACCGGAAGUUGCCUCUACCCCGGGGCAAGGAGUACCGCGGCGAUGGCACGAGAGAAGCGCUGGAGAAGAUCUCUCGCGAAACGGGCGUCUUUAUUGUGUGUGGUGUGAUCGAGCGCGCCGGCGGUAGCCUCUACUGCUCUGCCAUCUAUGUCGACCCGCGCGACGGUGCCCUGGGCAAGAGAAGAAAGGUCAUGCCAACUGCGUCGGAACGUCUGAUUUGGGCCCAAGGGUCGCCUGCCACCCUCAAGGCUGUCACCACCGAGCUCAAUGGGGUCCGUCUGACUAUUGGAUCUGGCAUCUGCUGGGAGAAUUACAUGCCGCUGCUGCGCCAGAGCCUGUACGCCCAGAAUGUCAACCUUUACCUAGCCCCAACCGCCGAUUCCCGGGAUACCUGGCUACCACUCAUGCGCACAGUGGCCGCGGAAGGCCGCACUUUUGUCCUGUCCGCCAACCAGUGUGUGCGCCGCCGCGAACUGCCCGACUGGAUCGCGACCGCCGCCCCGAAUGGCAGCAAUGGAGAGGAUUAUGUGUCCCGGGGCGGUUCCUGCAUUGUGGGUCCGUUGGGAGAAGUCCUCCGGGACCCCAUCUGGGAGGUGAGCACGGAUGAUACCGAGGAUCCGAGUGCCGCGCUGUCAGUGGCGGAGAUUGACCUGGAGGAUUGCGAGCGUGGUCGAUUGGAUAUGGACGUGGCGGGCAGUUAUUCGCGCAAUGAUGCUUUUAAGCUGACGCAACCUCAGUGCAGCCAGCAACGACCAUGUACCAACUGUGUCCAGGCAGAUGCUGCCUGUGUUCCUAGUCAACGACCGGCGAGACAGAGUCGCGUCAAUCCAGAAUACGCUCGUGCUUUGGAAGAGCGGAUCCUCGAGCUCGAAGCCGAACGAGGCAGCGACCUCGAUCUGCGCUCCGGCCAGCCGCUCGAUCCUGACACACCCCCCAGCUUCAGGACAACGGACGUGCGCACAUCAGAAUCGCAGGGACCAUCGCAAAUGCCGAUGCUAGUAGAUGAAAGACCUGCAGAUGUGGCGUCCCCAGCAAUCCGUGUCGUGCCCGAUUCCUUGCGGAAUCACCAGGACAUUCAAGCCGCAAGUACCCCUUCGAUUACCAUGCUUCCUGCCCUCGCCCCGAGUUCGCCCAAUCCGAUGACAUUAGACGAGGCCAGCUAUGAGACACGGAUUCCACCGCAGACCCAGGAUGAACUGGUCCGCGUAUUUCUGGAGCGCGUAAACCCGCGGUAUCCGUUCCUCCACGAGGAAACCUUCAUCGCUUGGUACGAUACGUGGAAGAGCUCAAGAAGUCUGGGAGUGCCUCUACCGCAAGACGAGCGAUGGAAGGCCUUUUUCAUCAAGAUGGCUUUUGCGGUAAGCCUUCUGAUCGCCCCUCGGGUCUCAGCCAGGGAUAUGAAAGCUUCCCAGGCUCUGUAUUUAUCUUCCAUGGCGUCGCUGGAUACUGUUUUCUCUUGUCUGGACCCGGUUUUGCACGCACAAGCCUACCUACUUUGCACAUUGCACGCCCUCCACUCGCCAUCAUCGCAAACCGUUCUGACCAUGAUAUCGGCCGCCAUGCGUUGUUGCGUGAUCGCACAGUUGCAUCUCCCUACGAUCGAGUCCAAGGCCGAAGACCCGCUGUUGGAGAUGCAGAUUCGACGGCGUGUGUUCUGGUCCGCGUAUGCCAUCGAUCGCCUAAUUAGCUGGGUCUAUCAUGUCCCAUGCAGUCUCGUCGAUGAAGACAUCCAAGUCGAGCCCUUUGCCAACAUGAAUGAUGAUGAGAUCAAAGCAUGGCAAUCGAGGACCGAUCGGCUAGAGCAGGUUGAAUCGGUUCCUCGGAGGACGCAGGUAUCCUCUGCCCUGCAUCUCAUCCGAGGCAGAAGGAUCCAGUCCCGUAUCCUGAGCAUCAUGAUGCGUGCCGAUUAUGGACAACGGUUCGAAGAAUCCCACCAAUGGCGUCUUCACAUGCUGGAGGUUCUCAACCAGUGGAAGGCACAGCUGCUGCCCCAUAGUGACCCCCUCUCCAGUGGAUAUACCAGCGAAGGAUGGGUGGGGAUGCUCUACAACUAUACAGUCCUUCUCUUAUACCGGCCCACCCAGCAGAACGUAUGUGACAUGGUGGUGGAGCGGUGCAUCAAGGCCUGCACCGACAUGGCACUGACAUUUUGGAAGUAUCUGAAGGGUCGUCAAACGGCUCAAUUGUGGCCGGGUUUGUUAAGCCAGUUUGGGAUCGGAAUCACCCUCCUAUACUGCUUAUGGCUCGUGCCCCCAUCUCGCCGACCCGCCGCUCUCCAAUCAUCCAAGGUUGGCACGGCUGUCCGAACAUGCUCGGUGAUCCUGGCAGUCCUUUCCGAACGGUGGACCCAGGCAGAACCAUUGCGAGAUGUGUUCGAUCUUCUGGCAGACGCGAUUCCGGUCCAUUGUGGGCCUCAUGAUCUGGACGGAAGCCGCAUCUCGACGGAUGGCAUACAGCAUCAGCUGCCAAGACUUAAUGCGAUUGUCGUCAACAAAGACAUCUUGCGAAUGCUGACCGAGAUGGCGACAGAGGACUAUCCUUGGGAUGAAGACCGAACGGCCAAUUUGGCGGGAUGGUCAUCCAGCGAUGUGCAUACGGCCCACGACUGCCCGCUGUGUUGGGACGCCCCAGCCGGCCUGGAGGGCUUUCCUCCGGUCGGAUUUGCGCCCGGAAGCUUGUGGCCGGCUUUUGAUGGCACUACCGCCCACUCCUUCACCGUCUCGCCCGAGGGAUACCCAUUCUUCCCGGGUUUGUUGGGUUCAAUCGAGUUCUGAUGGCG